AUGGAGAGAGCAUCCAGCAAACGCGAGUCACUGACUAUGGAAACUCCGCCGACUUCUAGCUAUGCCUCCACGCAGAGCCCUGAGCUCGUUGUUACGCUUCCUUUUCGUUUCCGCCAGAAAUCCAGCGAGAGACCUACACCCACCGAGGAAUCUGCACCCAUUGAGAAGGCUACAAAUGUCGAGAAAUCUACAUCAAGCGAGAGAUCUGAAAAUCUUGCAAGCCAGACAUACAAUACCAGCUUCAGUGCGGCUCUGAGCUCGAUGGACGAUGGUGAAACAGCAUCAGCUCUGCCCCCAGCGUCUUUAGCUGAUUUCCUGCCUCUGGAAGAUACUCCUCCUCCACUGAACAGCCGAGAGUGUCAGACCGACGGAGGCCAUUGA